UCUUUUAAAGUGUUUAAAAUAAUGCAACCAUUUUAGACAGUUUAUAGACAACUGUGAAAUGGUUAUUGUUGUUAAAUGUAGCACUGUAAUGUAUAUAAUAACAAGAAUGAACGUUGUUUGUUAGGGACAAACACUCAAAGAAAAACUUCUGGUGAAGCGACUGAGAUCCACGUGACACACUAUUAUAAAGAUGGCAUUUAUUACAGACAAGAAUGAAGACAUGAGGAUUGAUGAAACAUUCAGUGUGAAACAUGAAGAAACUGAGACACUAACAGACCUGAUGGUGCUGGAAGAGGAGAGUCAAGAUCUGAAUGGCAUGAAAGAGAAAGAUCUGAAUGAGAAACAGCAUGAUUUCAUAACUGAAGAAAAAUCUUUUAAUUCCUUGCAGACUGAAAAGGCUUCCACACAAAAAGCUCAAAAUACAGAAACUAUCAGUCAAUUAAUCUGCAAACAGUGUGGAAAGAGUUUCUGUCAGCAUAAAAACCUUGAAGUCCACAUGGGAGUUCACAAUGGAAAGAAGUCUUACACCUGCCAACAAUGUGGAAAAAGUUUCAACCAAAAAGGACACCUUACAGACCACAUGAGAAUUCACACUGGAGAGAAACCCUACACAUGCCCUCAGUGUGGAAAGAGUUUUAAACGUAAAGACCACCUUAAAGGCCACGUGAAUGUUCAUACUGGAGAGAGCCAUUUUACCUGCAAACAAUGUGGAAAAAGUUUCAAACGAAAAGGACACCUUAAAGUCCACAUGAGCGUUCACACUGGAGAGAAGCCCAACACCUGCCCUCAGUGUGGAAAAACUUUCAAACGAAAAGGACACCUUAAAGACCAUAUGAGAAUUCACACAGGAGAGCUCCCUUUCACCUGCCAACAAUGUGGAAAAGGUUUCAAAAUAAAAGGAACCCUUAAAGACCACAUGAGAGUUCACACUGGAGAGAAACCCUACACAUGCCCUCAGUGUGGAAAGAGUUUUGGUCACAAAGGACAAUUUAAAGCCCACAUAAGAAUUCACACUGGAGAGAAACCCUACACAUGCUCUGAGUGUGGAAAGAGUUUCAACCAACCAGGAACCCUUAACAUGCACAUGAGAAUUCACACUGGAGAUAAUCCAUUCAUAUGUGAUCUAUGUGGAAAGAGAUUUAGAUAUAAAGGAACCUUCAAGUACCACAUGAACCUUCACUUAUGAGAGAACGGUUUUAUAUGUCAUCAUUGUGGAAUAAGUUUCAGACAGAAGAACCUUGGGUUCAUGUUAUAACUUAUACCGGAGGGAAGCCUUUCAUGUGCCAUCGAUGGAAAGACUUACAGAAACAAAGUAAACCUCAAGGUUCACAUAAAAGUUUUGUUAUAGAGAGGUCUUGUACCAGCCCUGAAAGCCCUGAUAUACUCACUGCAAAGUUCUUUUCCAGUCUUUGCUUAGUGGCAGCAGACUUAAGUGAACAUCUCGAGUGUUGCAUUUAAAUUAAUGUGUAAAUAUGUGCUGUGCUUUUUCCUUUCAGUAACAAAAUAAAUGUGGUGGGAAACGUGUAGCUGUGAACACUUCAGAAUAUA